GAAAGGUGAACGAACAGAACAGCAGACCGUAUUUUGACCAUAUUGCAGUGAAUGUCAAACCUGAAUGUCAAAACUGAAUGUCAAAGGACAUACUGCUACACUAAAACGACCGAAAUAUAUUAUUUUGCCUCGCGAGUAUUUGUUUAUUUCACAAACUGCGGAACUCAGGAUUUUGGCCGUGCGGACAGCAGACCGAAAGCCGGGCGUCUUCCUUUGUGCAGGAGUGUGGUUUGUGUCCACGGCUGUCACGGGUGGGACGGGCUUCCACGGGCUCCCACGGCGCCACUCCACGCAACCCAACCCGCGCAAGCCUAACGCGGUCCACACAGACGGAGUAGCGCCCGGAGCGUGGGCAUGACAUGCAAACGGGACUGUUAUAUAAUGCCGUUCAGACCAGCGGUCACCUCGGAUGGGGCACCGUCGCUAUGAGUUCGCCCUGUAACGCCGCUUGUUUCCCCCGAGUCCGACGGGUGGCUAUUUUCGGCGGCACGCACGGGAACGAGAUGUCCGGAAUAACGCUGGUUAACAUGUGGAUGAAGAACGGCGCCGAGGUGCAGAGAAACGGGGUGCUAACGAAACCCUUUAUAACCAACCCCGGAGCCGUUGAGAAAUGCACAAGGUACAUCGACACGGAUUUGAAUAGAGCCUUCACGCCGGAAAACCUCAGCACCCCCAGUGGGGACGGGCUACCAUACGAAGUCCAGAGGGCCAAGGAAAUUAAUCAGCUGUUUGGGCCCAAGGGUAGCCCCGAUGCUUAUGACGUCAUCUUCGACCUCCACAACACCACAUCCAACAUGGGCUCCACCCUGAUCUUGGAGAGCUCCACAGACCACUUCAACCUUCAGAUGGUUCAUUACAUCAAAAAAGCUGCGGCCCCUGAGAGCUGCGCGGUGCUGCUGAACGAGCACCCCCAGCUCAGGUAUGCCACCACACGCUCGGUGUCCACGCACCCUGUAGGUCUUGAAGUGGGUCCCCAGCCUCAAGGAGUUUUGAGAAGCAAUAUUUUCGAGUCCAUGCGUAUGAUAGUGAAGCACGCACUGGACUUCAUUGAGCUGUUCAACAGCGGGGUGGAGUUCCCAACAUGCACGGUGGAGGCGUUCAGGGUGCACGAGAGCGUGGAUUACCCCCGAGACACCAACGGCAACAUCACAGCGAUGGUGCAUCCUCGCCUACAGGACUGUGACUGGGAACCUCUGAAUCCAGGCGACCCCAUGUUCCAGACCUUUGACGGCUGGAGCAUCCCGUACGCCGGCGACGGCCCCGUGUACCCCGCGUUCAUUAACGAGGCUGCCUACUAUGAGAAGCAGCAGGCGUUCGUUGCCACCCGCAGGGAGACGCUGGCAGCCGCUGCCAUACGAAAAGCCUCCGAAUAGCCGAGGCAGCCUCCUCCGCCUCGACCUCUGACCCGCCCUCUUACACCGCACUUAGUGAAUGGUCUGGCGCUUUCACGAGGUUUCACUAAACUUUCAUUGUCACACAGGUUUUACUCCGAUUAUGUAAAGCGCACUGUCCACAUAAAGGAAACAGGAAUGAUUAUUUCUCACUAAUGUAAAAUAUUAUUCAGUCUGAUUAUUGUUUAUUAAACUAAAGCUUAAUCUUUUUGCAAUACAAAGAAACUUCCAAUAUUUUUAUAUGUGUUUUUAAAGUUUGUUUAAUAGCUAACAUAGUUUUGUAUCUGACUGCAGUUCUAGUUUAUUUUUAUGAAUAAUGAAUUACUUUCUGGAAUAUGUUCAUACUAGAACACAUUCACAAAGACUUUUAGGACUCAACAAUGCAUGCACAUUUCAAGGCUAUUUUCUUGUAUUUUUCAUUUACUUAACCUCAGGAACACAGGAAACUGUAGCAGUAUCAUAACACCGCCUGGCUUGGUUUUGGAGGCCAUUGUAAUUUCUGGUCUUCUGCCGACUCCAGACUAGACGUUUCCCUUCUGGAGGAGCUUGCGAGAGUAAAAGAUUAGAAUGAUUCCCUGCUUCAGGUUUUCAUUGACCUUGCGUUCUUUUCAGAGGCCAUAGCUGAACUUCGAGACGCCCUCUGGUUCGGUAUACACUUACAUAUCAACCUGAAAUAGCCUUAAUCGAGCACCAGACAACCUCCUAACACUCUGACUGAUGUAUGUUAAGAAAUACCUAAGCAAACUGUGUAUGUACUGUGGGUUUCUGUACUGUGGUCCUGGGUGUUGUACAUUCAUUUGUAUAGCGAUAAGAAGGUCCACGUGUGAUGUAGUCUCGGUCGGUUAAGUCCAUCGUGUCUGCGUUCUUCGACGUUUGCACAUGCAAGUGCAGCUAUGUGGUUAGUGUCCGUAGCCCAUGUGUAGUUUGAUGACUGACUAACCUGGUGCACGUUUCCCUAUUCUAGAGUCCACUGGUGCUAUCUUGCCAUUUGCGUUAAGAAUAGUGGGUGAAUGGAACAGACAGAACAGACGCUCCACGCAUCAUAACGUGAUUGUGUUAUUGUGAUGUUAAUAUGUAGUGCAGCUGACUUGACAUAAAUUAUGUUUGUGUAAAUUAUGAGGAAUUGUGUAAUUUGUCCACUGAUUUUGUAAAGACAUAAACAACAUUGGUGUACAAUGUUUUGUUCUUAAAGAGUUUCAUUUAAUGGUUGUAGAUGAUCAUACUGACCUAUGCAAAAAAUAUUAUAUUCUCAUUAAAGUUGAACGUAUUGUCUUUUGCUUGGUAGAAUAUAAAUUUAGUACUUAGCAAUCAUAGACAAUCAAGUUAAAAUAUGUUAAAUGUGAAAUAUGUGUAAUGUAUUCAUUUAAAAUUAGAUUAUUUUAUAUUUGUAAUAUAUAUAAGAUUAUAUAUAAGAUUAUUAAUCCAGCCUUUAUUACAUCGAUUCAUGAUGAGUAGAUCAUUUGUAAUAAACUUGUAUCGGUUGAUGUCUGCA